AUGGAACCUGAAGGCUAUUCUUUUGAUACUUCGAAGGAGCAACCGGAGGAGAACUUUCCGACACCUCGACACGCCGCCGUUUCUCAAGCGCCUCCACCCUUUUCGCUUGCACCCACUACCCUCUCAGCGAUGAACGCCUUCUCUGCCUAUGAACCUCCUCGGGAGAACGGUACUGCGCGCUUGAGAAAUGAUUUCGAUGUGGCCCUCGAGGAUUUCCAUUCCCAGACCUCGGAGAUGCUAACACGUCCGGAAGGAGCUUUUACAUUCUCCGACCAACCUCACAACAACACAUCGGUUCAGGAGUACAGAGACUCCACCUACUCCGCGGCUUUUGCCUCGGCAGGAAAUGGUGAGACAGUAACAGGAAAUUCCAUCGCACCACCCAACGGGAUGAUGUCUCGUUCGAACACAUUGGCCAGCGAGCCCCCGUGCUGCUUUUGCAAAGCUCGAGAGACUCCAGGCGGAUCUGGAGUGAAUCCAAAUCUGCCCGUUUCCAAUGCAAAUGGCAAGGCUGCACCGCGCCGACCUCAUAUACCCUCGAAAAUGACCUGGUCCGCCACCUGA